AUGAGAGCAAAUCAUAGUGAUAAUCGUUUAUAUCAAACAUAUUCACAUGAUCCAAGAUCUAAAAAUGAUCAAAAAGAUCGUGAUACUAUAUCAUGUGUCAAUUUAAAUGUUGAAGAAGCUCCUGGUUUACAUUAUUUAUCUCCACCUUCGAAUACAUCGACAAAUCAUCUACAUGUAACACCUAGACGUCGAGCAAAUACAGCACAUGUAUAUACUGAUUCAAAUGGAUUGAUUAUUAAUGGUUUAUUAUUUGAUAAACAAUUAUUUCAACCACCACAAUCAUCUUAUGUACUUGAUUAUAGUAAAUCAACAAAAGAUUUAAAUCGAUUCCUAGAAGCUCAUAAAACACCAACAAAAUCAUCAAAUUUAGAUUUACAUUUAUUUAAACUUUCAUUUAUUAUAACAUUAUCUGAAUGGAAUGUUGAUAAAGAACUUUUAAUAGAUUAUUGUCCACGUGAAGAUGAUAAAAAACAUAUUAUUGAAGAAAUAAAUUAUUAUAAAAAAUUUUGUUUCCCGGAAUUAAAUACGAAACAAAAAAAUGGAGGAAGUAUAGUUAAUGAUCCAUCAACAUAUGUUUUUACAAGAACAAGUUCCAAAGGACAAGCUGAAUAUGGAUAUUGUAGACGAAUUACUUAUGAUAAUAAUCAAAUGACUAAAUUUCCAGUUGUUAUUUGUAUAGUUUCUAUUUAUCCAUAUUUCAUACUUUUUGAUGCUAUUCUUAGUGAAUUAACUGCAGUUUACAUAUCAAAUGAAUAUGAUUGUAGUUUAUUAAUGCAAUCAUUCUAUUCCAAACCAUUACCAAUCCCAUCAUUAAAUUCUUCAAAUAUUAUUUGUAAACUAAAUAAUAAUCGUGUAUUUUAUUAUAUUUGUCCACAUGAUGAUCGUCUUAAUCAUGAUUAUUUUUUUACUCUACUUUCUUCUCUAUCACCAAAUUAUAUUGUUUAUUUAUUUGAAUCAAUGUUACGUUCAAAAAAAAUUCUAUGUUAUUCACGUUCACUUUCGAAAUUAACAAAAUGUUGUCUUGCUCUAUCACAUUUAAUUUAUCCAUUUAUGUGGCCAUAUCCAUUUGUUUCCAUAAUGCCAUCAUCAUGGAUGCAAGAUUUAAUUGAUUCUCCAUGUCCAUAUAUCUAUGGUUGUUUAUAUGAAACAACUGAACUAUUCUCAUCAAUAAUUGAACAAGAUUGUUUACGUGUUAAUCUAGAUUCAAAUACAAUUGAUGUUGGUCUUGAUGAUGGUUUUAUUUUACCACUUGAUCUUCGACAAACUUUACAAUCAUCAUUAGAAUAUUUAAUAAGAUUUCGUUUAACUAAAUCAAAUUCAACAUUAAUUAAUAUAGCCGUUAGUGAAGCAUGUUUACAUGUAUUUAUUGAAUUAUUACAUCGUUUACCAGAUUUUUUUAAACGAGAUCCAAUUUCAAUUGAAUCUACCAAUGAUGAACGAAAAUUUUCUACAUGUUCAAAUCAUUCUCAAAAUGAUGAUAAUGAAAACGAUCCUCAAUCAAAUGAUGUACAACAUGAUGAAUGUAAAAAGAAAGAAGGAAAUCGACUUGGUUAUGAUUUUCGAUCAGAUGAAUUUCUUAUUUUACAACCAACAUCAUCCUAUGUUACAUUCCUUAAUGAUUUUAUUCAUGGAAUGAUUUUUCUUAAAUUUCUCGAUGAUUAUCAACGACCUGAUAAUAAUUCCAAACAACUAUUUUUAUUAUUUUCUCAACGUCUUAAUGAACGUCGUCGAAUGACAAUAGAUGAAUUAUCAAUAAAUCCUCUUAUACGAUUUCGACAAACAUUCGAUCUAUUAGAAAAACAUAUUAAUCAAGCAUCAAAAUCAACAAAUCCAUUCUUUACUAAACUUGUAAAAAAAUUGUUCGAAUAG